GCCAUAGCCAGCAACUAAAGUCAUAGAUAUGCUUCGGAGAAUCCCUCUAUCCCACAGAACAUUGAACAAAGAUACAAUGAUAACGUUGGUCAGGGAGAAGAUGACAUGCAACUAUCCAGCCUGGGAAACAUCGCAAGAUGAUGGAGAAGAGCACAGAACGCGCACUGCUCCCCAUAUCCUCUUCUGAACUUAUUUCCGUCGCUCUAUUCUAAUUAGCUAGGUCUCUAUGCUCGUACCACGAAGCUCAAUUGCGUCCCUGGCGCGUGCUGUACAACUUUUCUCGCAAAUUUCUUGUGGCGUCAAUCAUCGUCACCAAGCUUCCCUCAUGGCUCCCGCUUCCUACAUAUCGCCUCUGCACCGAUAGGCACGCUCCCAAGCUCUUGUCAUUCCAUGAGAACUCUCGAGAUCGAACAACGCAGUAGCAAGACCAUCUCCUGCAGGACCGUACUACGAAAUGUCCAACAACGCCGAAUUCCAGGUCGGAGAGAUCUUCAAUGUCAAGCGUAAGGUUGCCUUGGUCACGGGCGGUGGCUCUGGGAGGGCUAAGGAGAAGCUUGACCGUGUGGCAGGGAUAUAUGGGAAGGGGAUUGAGGGCCAGAUCAUUCCUAUUGUGGGGGAUGCUUCCUCCAUGGAUGGAGUUAAGAACAUGGUAAAAGGGAUUGAGUCACGUGAGAAGUGCCUAGAGAAUGCAGAGGAGCUGUGGAAGAAUCUCUUCGAUCCUACCUCGGUCGAGGAAUGGACCUCCCUCCAAGCCACCAAUGUCUUGCUUGCGACGGAGAUCGCCAAAGCUGGCCUCAAGAUCCGAAUGAACAGCAUCGCUCCCGGCGUCUUUCCCACCGAGAUGACUACUCAGGAUAGCAAAGAAAACCAGAAGAGCGAAAUCCCAAAGGGGCGCAAAGGAAGCCUUCCAGCCCAGUGCCCGGGGAAAGAUCAAGACAUGGCGGCUGCCAUUCUUUUUGCUGCAAGCUGCCAGUAUCGUAAUGGCCACACUGUCCCUGUUGACGGCGGUUACUUGAUUUAG